UCUUCAUAAUUUCUGUAAGCAUUGAUCCUAGCUACAAUACAACUUAGCUUGCAAAAAAGUACAGAGCUCCCCUUCCUCCCUCCCUCCUCUCUCUUUCUCUUAACAACCAAAUGAAAUCUCAGUUAUGGAUGAUCAUAAAAGCUGUAAUUUGCAUAAUGUUAAUGCAAAUAUGUGGAGCAGUAGGAUUACCCUCCAAAGAAGAUGAUAAAAUAGUGAGUUUGCCAGGCCAACCACAGGUGAGUUUCCAGCAAUAUGCAGGGUACAUUGCCAUUGAUGAAAAACAACAGAGAGCUCUUUUCUAUUACUUUGUUGAAGCAGAAACUGAACCUGCUUCAAAGCCUCUCGUUCUCUGGUUAAAUGGAGGGCCUGGUUGUUCUUCUGUUGGUGCUGGAGCAUUCUCAGAGCAUGGACCUUUCAGGCCUAGUGGUGGAGAAAAUCUGAUCAGAAAUGAAUACAGUUGGAAUAAAGAAGCAAACAUACUAUACCUGGAAUCACCAGCAGGGGUUGGCUUUUCUUAUUCUGCUAAUACAUCUUUUUAUAACUCUGUGAACGACACUAUCACAGCACAAGACAACCUGAAAUUCCUGCAAAAUUGGUUUGUCAAGUUUCCUGAGUAUAAAAGUAGAGAUUUGUUUAUCGCUGGGGAAAGCUAUGCAGGUCACUAUGUACCACAACUUGCAAAGCUAAUUGUCCUGUCAGGAUUAAAAUUCAAUUUGAAAAGCAUAGCUUUAGGAAAUCCUCUGCUGGAUUUCAGUACAGACUUGAACUCUCAGGGUGAUUACUACUGGUCUCAUGGGUUGAUAUCAGAUUCUACUUAUAAACUUAUCACUGCAAUUUGCAACACUUCACAGCGCGUCAGAGAGCACAUAAGUGGCUCAUCUUCAGUUGCUUGUAAAGCUGUGAAUGCUCAACUUUCGAAAGAAAUUCCUGACGCGAUCGACAACUAUGAUGUCACUGCCGAUGUAUGUGUAUCGUAUGGCCAAUCACAACUAAGAGUCUACAAUCAUCCCUUGAGACCAAGGUUUCAUUUUUCAUUAUUCAGUGAAUCAUUGGGAGAAAGUCCAAAUCAAGCUAAAUCUGCAGAAAAUAUAGAUGUUUGUGUACAAGAAAAGACUUUUAUGUAUCUGAACAGGAAGGAUGUGCAAGAAGCUCUUCAUGCCCAGCUUGUAGGAGUUAGCAAUUGGAGUUUCUGCAGCCCGGUGUUGAACUAUGACAUGAAAAACCUGGAAAUACCUAUGAUUGAUGUCGUGGGCUCAUUGGUCAGUUCAGGCAUCUCAGUUCUAGUGUACAGUGGAGAUCAAGAUUCAGUUGUUCCAUUUACUGGGUCAAGGAGUUUGGUAAAUGGUUUGGCAAAGAAGUUGGGAUUGAAUGCAACUGUGACUUAUCGACCUUGGUUUCAAGAUAAACAGGUUGGCGGAUGGACGCAAGUAUAUGGAGAGAUCCUUACGUUUGCAACUAUUAGAGGAGGGUCUCACAUGUCACCUUCAUCAUCGCCCAAGAGAUCACUAGCAUUAUUUAAAGCAUUUCUUGCUGGCAAUCCACUUGCCUAGUUAAGAACCAAAAAAAAAAAGUUUCAAAAAUUUUUGAAUUCUGUCAUCCAUGAUUGACUAGUAACACCGUAAAAUUUUUAUGCAUUUGGGAAUAAUGAAUUUGAAUUCCUAAUGCAAUUUAUUGACUACUGUUAGUUUGGCAAUUCAAAUUCCUCAUUUGUUCUA